CCCCGCCCGGCCACAUUGAAACUGCAACUCGCGACCCGCCAUCUCCUUUGCUCCAUCGCCCACUUCGUGUCCAUCCUUUGCGUCUUCACCUUCUCUGGCCGCUCGGCCAUGGGGUCCCUCCUCUCACUCUCUAUAUCUUGAACACUAUCGUCUGGCGCCAUGCGCGCCCUCUCGGUCUUGACGCUUGCCGUCGUCGCGGCCGCGCGCGCGUUGGCCGUACACCCCAAUCGCAUGCACCAUGGGCAUCCAUUACUCGAAAGGCAGGCGGCGAGCGCAGCGCCAACAGACAUCGCUUUGGCAACACCUUCGGCCUCGUCUGUCAUUGUCGGCGCCUCGGCGAUUAUCGCGACCUCGUCUCGCGCUCCCGCUCCCUCUGUCCUCCCGAAACCACCGUCAUCUUCACCUCCUGCUGCGCCAAAUCCCGUCCCAACACCGCUCGAUACAUCUAUCUCUAGCUCGCUCUCGGGCGAGUGCAUGUCGUAUCUCACCAAUCUCCUUUCCAACUCGACCUUCCUUUCAUGCCUCCCGUUCUCCCUCCUCCUUCAGACGUCAAAUUCAUUUCGCAGCCAGCUCAAUGCCGCAGUAGGCUCGGGCAACUUUUCCUACAUAAACGAUCUCAUCGCAUACGCCUCGUCUCCCGCACCUGACGCGGAAACAUGUGACCGAGUUUUCGCAGGCUAUGCGGAGGCCGUCAAGGAGCGUGCUCACUGCGGCAACGACCUCAACAACGGCAUACCGGUCGCACGACAGGCAAGGCGGGGCCUCGGCAACUAUGCCGCCGUCCGCACUGCUGUUGGCCUGGUCAACCCUGACUCUGGGUCGUACUGCUACCUGGAGGCGGUCGCUACUGAGCGUCCUGACGAUGCGUAUUUGUGGCAGCUGCCGAUGGGCAACAUCCUUCCAGCUGCAUCGACACCCACAUGCUCCAAGUGCUCAGCACUCGUGAUGAACCACUGGGCAACGUGGUCCGCAAAUACAACAACACUCAAUGGAACAAUGAUUAACAGUGCCGCCUCUACAAUCAACGCCAAGUGCGGCGCCACCUUUGUCUCCGUCGCGGCGCAAGCAGAAAAUGCCAGUGCGACUCAACCGCGCUUCGCAGUGUUGCCUGCACUCGCUGUUCUUGCUCCUCUCUUUACUUGGGUCCUCUCAUAGAUAGAAUUCGGAUUUUUCUCUUUUCGUAUGUCACCAGGGUGUAAUCGUCAUAGUCAAAGUGUGCUCUAUAUCCAUCUGCAUCGCCAUGUCUAUUCUAAGCUGGCAAGCU